UAAAAUUUGAAUUUUAUAACAUUUUCCUUAUUGUCUCACUCACUUACCUCUACACCUUCCUUCUUAGUUUCAAACUCAUUGCCCCAAACUUCACACCGAUAUAAAUGUAACCAAAGAGCUUCAUUUUACUCCAUCAAAAACCAAAAGCUAGCCUCUCCAAAGCCCAAGAAAACAAAACCACACUUCAUUCAAUAGUUCCACUUUCGACAACCACCACACCUAACAUCAACCAAUGGCUUCAUCAGUGUUGCUAAUGAUAUCUCUUGUAGUAAGCACUUUGUUCAUUGUUGUCUCCGCUAGCAACUUCUAUCAAGAUUUCGACAUCACUUGGGGCGAUGGUCGUGCUAAGAUACUCAACAAUGGGGAGCUUCUUACUCUCUCACUUGACAAGCCCUCUGGCUCGGGUUUCCAAUCCAAGAAUGAGUACCUCUUUGGCAAGAUUGACAUGCAGCUCAAGCUCGUUGCAGGAAAUUCUGCUGGCACCGUUACUGCUUACUAUUUGUCAUCACAAGGAUCAACACACGAUGAGAUAGACUUUGAGUUCUUGGGGAAUUUGAGUGGUGAUCCAUACAUUCUUCACACCAAUGUAUUUAGCCAAGGCAAAGGCAACAGAGAGCAACAAUUCUACCUAUGGUUUGACCCCACUGCCGAUUUCCACACCUACUCCGUCCUCUGGAACCCCCAACGCAUCAUCUUCUCAGUAGAUGGAACACCCAUUAGAGAGUUCAAGAAUGCAGAGUCAGUUGGUGUUCCAUACCCAAAGAACCAACCCAUGAGGAUAUACUCCAGUCUGUGGAAUGCUGAUGAUUGGGCAACAAGAGGUGGACUUGUGAAGACUGAUUGGACUCAAGCUCCAUUCACUGCUUCAUACAGAAACUUCAAUGCCAAUGCUUGCAUUUGGUUUUCUGGAUCAUCCUCUUGUUCUUCUUCAUCUUCUAAUAGCAAUGCAUGGUUCUCAGAACAGUUGGAUUCCACAAACCAAGAGAGAUUGAAAUGGGUGCAGAAGAACUACAUGAUAUACAAUUAUUGCUCUGAUGUGAAGAGAUUUCCUCAGGGCCUCCCACCAGAGUGUAACAUGUCCUAGAGAAGUGAAACUCACACUCACUAUUGCUCAAUUUUUCCACUGCCACUGUAUUGUAUUUAUGAUAUUCUUUUGUAUGUAACUCGCACAAUUCAAUAAUCUUAUUUGUGGUUGUUGUGAUAAUUCUUGAAAUCAAUAAUAGGGAUUUCUGUUUUCUAUAUUCGUCCAAAA